CGGACAUGGCUUUGGACGCAAGACGAGAUGGGAAGAGAGCUCAGGAAGGAUGUCUUCCUACAGGAUAGAGGAUGACACCUUGCCAUCAGCAACAGGACUCGAUAAAUGGGGGAGGAAUCUGAUGAAAGAAUUCUCUGAACAGAUCCCAGACUUUGAGCCUUCCAUUCGGGACAAAUUUCUUUUCGAUUACUGCGAUCUUAAGCCUCUGGCUGUAUGGCACGCAUCCCGUGGUUUCUCCAGCAGACUUGACCAUGAACAACUCGCCUCUCUUCGAGAUGUCCGAUCCCAGCAUCGACCCAAUGCUAUCACCUAUUGCAAGAGGCCAGCUACGCUCCAUCGCUGCUAGAGCCAUGGAAGAAACCGAGAAUGAGAUCCUCAAGUUCUUCGACGAAGCUAUCAAAAAGCCGCCGGAAGAUGUAGUUAUCGUAGGUCUUUGUCUCUGGCGGUUGGCACUGCUAUACCGGACCAUGAUGAAGCGCUACAAACUCAUUCUCUACGACGCUUGUAUCGAUCGACGCAGAGAAAGGCAAAAAGUCAUGUACGAAGCGAUGACUACCGGCUAUAGCCUGGUAUACCGCAGAUCUGCACCUCCCUGUUCGCCCGCGUGGAGGAUGGAAGACCAUCUUCACUUCUUUGGCGACAACGCCGAUCUCGUGGAUACAUUUCUGCAGCUCCAAGUCGCUGAUAAAAAGUUCUAUGAAGAAAACAUCAAUGAUGACGAUGAUUUUCAUGCUAGGAAGCUAUUGUGGGAACGGAUGGUGAAGGGCGGGAGAGGGAUGAAGGGUAGAUAGGUGUGAACUACGUUGAAGAUGCAAUCUUCUGGUUGCGUAACCUGAAAAGAUAGAACUACGCACGAUUGUAUUUCAUAAUUUUCUCCAUUAUGUCUGAUGCAUGUCGACACUGUGC